UAAACAUCAGAGAAUCCACACAGGGGAGAGGCCCUACAAAUGCCAUGAGUGUGGGGAAAAGUUUCAUUAGCAGCUCAGUCCUUUCUAAACAUCAGAGAAUCCACACAGGAGAGAGGCCCUAUGAAUGCAGUGAGUGUGGGAAAAACUUCACUAGCAACUCUGACCUUUCUAAACAUCAGAGAAUCCACACAGGGGAGAGGCCCUAUGAAUGCCGUGAGUGUGGGAAAAACUUCACUGACAGAUCAGUCCUUUUUCGCCAUCAGAGAAUCCACACAGGGGAGAGGCCCUAUGAAUGCAGUGAGUGUGGGAAAAACUUCAUUAGCAGCUCAGCCCUUUCUGCACAUCAGAGAAUCCACACAGGGGAGAGGCCCUAUGAAUGCAGUGAGUGUGGGAAAAGCUUCACUCAGAGCUCAGCCCUUUCUAAACAUCAGAGAAUCCACACAGGGGAGAGGCCCUAUGAAUGCCCUGAGUGUGGGAAAAGCUUCACUCACAGCUCUCACCUUACUGCGCAUCAGAGAAUCCACACAGGAGAGAGGCCCUAUGAAUGCAGUGAGUGUGGGAAAACCUUCAUUACCAGCUCAGCCCUUUCUGCACAUCAGGGAAUCCACACAAGCGAGAGGCCCUAUGUAUGCAAUGAGUGUGGGAAAACCUUCACUCAAAGAUCAGGCCUUUUUCAGCAUUGGAGAAUCCACACUGGGGAGAGGCCCUACAAAUGCCAUGAGUGUGGGAAAAGUUUCAUUAGGAGCUCAGGCCUUUCUAAACAUCAGAGAAUCCACACAGGGGAGAGGCCUGAGGAACCACCUGAUCAGCAUCUUGUACAGCAGACAGGAGAAGAUCAAGAAUGAGCUCUCAAAACUGGAGACUCUCAUACAAAACCAACCUUCCACACAAACUUCCACAUGGCUGGACUUGACAAAAAUGAGACAAGCCGUUUACAAUACACACUUCAUUUCUCUACAGAGGAAAAAGUAAGACAGUAAACUAUCUAAACUCCUACCUCCCACAGGGGGCUAGAACAAUGGCACCCUCAACUCACCUAACAAUAUUAUUAGUCCAUCCAACCACACACUUAGCCCGUCAGAAGAGUCUGUCCUAUCUCGGGGACUCUUUCUGUCCCACCAUCCCCACAAACAUGAUACAGUUUUGCAGUGAACUGGAAGCCUACUUUCGUCGUCUCUUGAC